AUGAAUACCAGACACACAGUUUUCAGAAAAUCCAAUGUGAUGGAUUUAGCAACAUGUUUGCGUACCUCAACACUCAGAACCAAUAAUGCUCAGAAAGUUAAGGAAAAACCUCUCGAACCACUCAUUCUCUCACCUAUUAAUCACUUGUGGGAAAUAUGUGUCAAGAUAAAUUCCUACUUGAGACCAAAAGAUUUAUUCAAAAUAAUGUUGACUUGUUCACAGUAUUAUGAAUGGGUUGUCAAAUAUAAUUUAGAAAAACAUGUUCCAAUUGGAGUUUCUUCAUGUCUAGCAGUUUAUUUUAAGUUUUCAGCAGAUCGAUUUAGAAAAUAUGAAAAAAGUUUAUUGUUCAUGAUGGAUAGGUUUGGGCACGUCAUUUCAGAAAGUCAAUUAUUACAGAUUUUACAACAGAGCUGUACCAGUGGAUUGGACAGAUUAAUGUAUUCAGCAAUAGAUUUGAUGGAUUCUAUUAGGUUUGAAUCAAUCUUGGAAUUGUAUUUUAGAGAUCAAAACUUAUUCGAUAUGUUCUUUAGACAUCCCAAGCUCAUUGAAAGAGUGGAAGAAUUUCAAGAUUCUUUUAUUGCUCAUUUAGAAUCAACUGAUAGAGAGUUUAGAAUGGUAUACAAAUUCUUCUUCAAUUCUGAAUUAUUUAACUGCUUGAUAGAAAAUUCAUUACCUUGGAUUGAGAAGAAUAGCCAAGUACUGAGAGAAAUUAAGGAUUUGGAUGUCAAGAUGAGACAAAUCCCAAAACUCAAACAAUUGGUAAUUAAGCAUUUUGAAUCAGUAACGGAUUGUAAUACUGAACAAUUGAGUAAGAUAGUUUUGCAACUGUCAAAGAAAGAAAGAGAAACUGUGGAGAGUAAGCUGAAUGAUGAAGAUGAUUUAAACAUGGAACACAUGAAAAGUUAUGAGGUCUGCAAAGUAUUUGGUAAAUCCAUUCUCGAAAAAGCAAACUCUCAAGACAAAAAAAGCCACAAUUUGAUAGCUCUCUGCUUGAGAACAAAUCCAGAGUUGGCCAAGGAUUUUGAUUUGAGAACAUUUGGGUAUGAUCUUAUUGUGAAUCGUCAAUUUGCAAUCAUUUCUGGUCUAGUCUCAACUUUUUCAUUGAAAUUCAUUGAGCAAUUAGCUCCCUCUCCAAGAUCUUUCCUUGUAAUGGUAUUGAGAAGUGCUAAUCCGCUUGGAUCAAAUUCCAAUUACAUUGGGCUUAGGAGUACUGAAACGUCUUCAAGAAUAACUAGACACAAAGUAGAGCUGAUCUACUUGAUUGAAAACAUGUUCCACAAAUUCCCAGAUAUGAAAAUUCGUAGGUUCAAUGAUAAGGUAUUGAGAGAGGCCAAAAAUCUCCAUUCCAAAGAGAUUGAAGCAUCAAUUUUGAAACACAAGGAUUAUUCAACUGAAUGUGAUAGCGAAAGUGAUUGUAGCAGCAGUGAGGAUGAAUAUUCUUUGGAAAGCGGUAAAAAAAUUAUGGAUGAAAUUAAUAAGAAACGAAUUGAGAGAAAUCAAAAAAAUAGAAAAGUAAGAAGGAGCUAUAGAAAUUACUUUGAUGAAGAUGAUUAUGAUUCCAUGUAUGGGUAUUAUUGAUCAAUUUCUGAUAUCUGAUGAUGAAUAAAUAAUCGAGUUUCCAU